GAGACUUGAUUCUCUUUUGUUCAUCUUCAAACCCUACAUAUCUUCUUGUCUUUACAUGUAAAAAAAAUUAAGAAAAAAAAAAACUUGCACAAAGACAAGCUUUGUCAGUCUCUUCUACAAACCAAUAUGUAAAAAAUUCGGUGCCGAGUUUUUUUACAGGUGAAAAAACGAGAGCAACAAUGGCGAAAGCAAAGGCAAAUGUUAAUCGACAACAAGAGAAUGGAGCUUGAGUGGCAAAUGGUGAUGAGCUAUGGGAAAAACUGAAGAACAACAGAGACUGAGUUCGAAUGUGAGCAGUGAAGUACUAGUCGAGGAAUCGAACGCUUCGAUUUCGAGCUUGAGCUUUAGAUUCGUUGCUUGUGGAUCCAGAAACUCUCCCAUUGGCCUUCGAUGCUUCGUAUUCGUGCUGCUUGCUCUUGCUCUCUUUCUUUCUGCUUUAUUUUGGCUUCCCCCUUUUCUUCAUUCUUCAGAUCACUCCGAUCUGGAUCUCGAUUCCAGGUUCAAAGGUCAUGAUAUAGUAGCGAGUUUUAAAGUUGAGAAGCCGGUUUCUUUUCUGGGAGACAAUAUUGUGCAGCUUGAAAAUGACAUUUUUGAUGAGAUAGGCUUUCCCACAAGCAAAGUGGUCAUCUUAUCUCUCGAACCUUUAAAUGUACCGAAUGUAUCGAAGGUUGUGUUUGGGGUUGAUCCUGAUGCAAGAUAUUCAAAGAUAUCUCCGACCGCUGAAAGUUUGACACUGUCGUCGUUUGAAUAUCUGGUUACACACCGAUCGUCCUUGCGCUUGACGGAAUCCCUGUUCGGGGAGUCGUAUUUCUUGGACGUGCUGAAAUUCCCGGGAGGAAUCACUGUAAUUCCCCCGCAAAGCGCGUUUCUUCUGCAGAAAGUGCAAAUCCGCUUCAACUUUACGUUAAACUUCUCUAUUUACCAAAUACAAUUAAAUUUUGAUGAUUUGAGGAGCCAGCUGAAGGCUGGACUGCAUCUAGCCACAUAUGAGAACUUGUAUAUUAUCUUAUCAAAUUCGGAAGGUUCAACAGCUGCUCCCCCAACUACUGUUCAGUCAUCUGUUCUGCUGGCCGUAGGGAAUAAUCCAUCGAUUCCGAGAUUGAAGCAACUAGCUCAAACCAUCACGGGUUCUCAUUCAAGAAACCUCGGCCUGAACAACACUGUAUUUGGUAGAGUUAAGGAAGUUCGGCUUUCGUCCAUUCCAAAACAUUCCGUUCAUGGAGGUGAUGGCAACUCAAACUCAUCGUCCCCUUCUCCUGCUCCUUCGCCUCAUCCCCUCCACAGUAACCACCAUCAUCACCAUCAUCGUCACCAUCACCACCACCAUCACCACGGUGAUGAUCUAGCUCCUGCAGUUUCACCUGCUACAUCAGCCAAGAAAGGUGCUGCAUCUGCACCAGAAGUUUAUUCACCUGCCCCCGAAACAAUUUCACCAGCAUCUCAACGGAGUAACAAGGCAAACCCGCCAGGCUGCCAUAAUGGGAAUAAAAGGAGCAAGGGGAAGACUCGAGAGGAGUCUAAUGUAGCCCCCGCUUCCACACCCGAAAUUUCUCCUCAGCAUUCUCCUGUCCCACCAAAUGUACACUCAUCAGCACCGGCACCCAAACCUAAGCUCAGACCCGUUUCCUAUUUGACUCCCACAUCCAGUCCGCUGCCAAAUGUAGCGUUUGCUCAUGACAAACCUCCAUCGAAGAGUGAACCAAAUAAUGAGGCUCCCGACGGGACACCUUCAGUUCCGCCAUCAGCAUUGGCAUCUUUACGUCUUCCAACUAUGCAAUGGCUGCUUUCACUCCUAUUAGUUAUUACCAUGUUGUAUUUAUAACAAGAGAGUAUGAACCUGUUUUCUAGUUACAAUCGCUUUCAAACUGUAUAAUUCCGAAACUAGCGUUUCGCCAACGAGAGCAACUCAAAGGGCGUGCUCUCUUGUUCGGUUGGAUAAAUGCUGUUUUUCCGUGCUGGAAAUAUCCGAGUAACGAUCGAGUGGCACCAUUUUCAGGUCAAAAGCCACACUGGUGGCAGGGCCUAUAGAUUAUGUGACCACUGCUUUGUGUAUUCUCUUUUGCUGAAAUCAGAGGGAAAAACAGAUCUAUAUGCAAAUACUUUCCUCUACUUUUUCUCA